CACAAAUCCACUGCACUCCCUUCUCUCUUUCACUCCCUUUCCCCCUUUCCCCCUUUACUCCCUUCCCCCUUUCACUCCGUCCCAAAGCCGGCACCUAAGCGCGGUAGAUGGGUGUUGGUGAUGCGAGUAGAUGGGGUGAGACAGAGAAGAGACAAACAAACCACUCUAUCCCAUAUCGAGUCGUCCAGCAAACACGCGUUGAAAGAGGGGGAAGGAGAGGUGGACAGAUCUGGAUACUCUAGAUGCUAGAUGCCAACCUACCAGACCCCAUCUAACCAAGGGGGGUCCCCUCAAACAGCAAAGGAAACGGCUGAUGACGCUGGAUUGUGGCACGGGUUUACGCGUUCUUCACUUGCUAACCUACGGUACCGUGGAAUGAGAUGGCCUGGUGGACGGCCGCGGCACAAGCCAGGAACGAUGGGGGGAGUGUCCUCAUCUUCCAUAUCGAACGAUCUCUAAUGACUCCAGUGGUACUGUACUGUAUCAAGGGCAUCAAAAGCAUCAAACGCACAUAGUCACACACAUGAUGCCAUUCCUCGUACGCACGCCCUCUUUCCAUUCCAUUCUUUCUCUCCCACAAUCCCUCUGUACACAACACCACACACCACACACCACCAACCCAUACCAUCAGCCAGCCACAGCCCCCAUCGCCCACCCACCGAUUGGCGCGGAGCCCAGGCCCACCCACCGCGCUCAUGCACAGCGUGGCGCGGCGAUCAGAUCGGCCCGAUCGAUGGGAUCCGGUUCGUCGGCGGAGACGUUGAGGAAAAGCGUACAGCGCAUGCAUCACAUCGCAUCACAUCGCAUCGCAUCACAUCGCAUCGCAUCGCAUCACAUCACAUCGCAUCACAGCACAGUAUACUCUUGAGGCGUGUAGUAUUGCCCGGCCUGAGAAGCAGUCGCCCAGUCUUCACCUACCUGACUUGUCUACUGUACUACACUGCUGUCUGACCGGUUACGCGCUAGCGAUAUGUUGUGUUCCCCCAGACGGGCGGCAACGUCGACUACUGCACGCACGCACACUCUAUCCCUUUCCCGUACAUAUCCGGGUCCACUAUCCCAUGCCCGCCCGCCCGCC